AAUAUCACACGGGGAUCAAAACGGCCUUAACUCGUAGGCGUUAACAAGGCAUAGUUAUAAUGAUUUUUUUGUAUCAAAUAAGGUUUCAAUACUGUUAGCAAAUGGUUGUUAGUUAGAGCAUGGGUGUUAUAUUUUAUGUUCUGGUCAUAGCAGGAUAUUUGAUAACCUUCAGUAGUGGACAAUCCUGUUUUGGUAAUUUUGUAGCUCUUCCGUGCAGUGGUCAAAGUAAUCCAAGUCGACAAUUCUUCAUACCCGUGAAUUCCACUUUAAUAAAUGACGUCAACUGUCAGUGUGAAGUUCGGUUAAUUAAAACACCAACAGAUUCAAACAAGACCAGUUUGUUUCCGGUUACGUUUCGUAUUAUUGACGACGUUAAUUGUGGCUAUGAUGUCAAUGUGGUGUACGGAACAUCUUCGUCUUCUGUUGUCUGUAAAGAAGCGCCAACUUUCACCCGACAAAUCGUUCGAGAUGAUUCGUUACUAUUCGCUUUCUUUAAAAGGGCAGCUUCUUCGUUGACGUCAUCUGGUUUUUGUUUACAAGUUAUAGCAGAUCUCAGAGAUACAUUUAUUACCAUCAACUGUGAUAACAAUGUUAGUAACUCUAGUCUACCUGACACGUCGACAUCUACAACGUCAACUACCGAAAUCGUACCGACAUCAUCGCAGAGUAUCUUACAAACAGCAUCAGCGUCAUCAUCAUGGCUAUCACCCUCGUUUCAACAAACAUCAACAAGCCAGUUUUCAUCAUCAUCAUCAUCAUCGUCGUCGUCGUCACCAUCACCGUCAUCAUCAUCCCAGUCAACAGCAUACCAUUCCCCUUCAUCUGGAGAAACAACGUUUACAUCAGCAUCUUCAAUCACCCUUUUAAGCCCAAGCCUUACACCAGCAUCAUCGACACCGCCAUCAUCAUCAUCAUCAUCAUCAUCAUCCCAUUCACCAUCAUCUGGAAAAAUUUUAUUCACAACAGCAUCAUCAGUCACGGUUUUGAACCCAAGCCAGACACCAUUGCCAUCAUCAACACCACCAUCAUCGCCACCUGCAGCGUCCGCUACUAUCCAAUUAAACACUAUCCGUGAAACAGAUAAUACUACAACAAUCACUUCAGAGACAACGAAUUCAGAACUUAUACCUGUUAUUGCUGCUGGGUUGCUGUUUUAG